AUGCAAUCACCAACAUCAACCAAACUAUCGCCGAAUGAGUUCCCAUAUAGCCCGCUGCAACAAUAUGACGAUAGUGAGUCAGAUAGCGAUUUGUCACUUACUGAUUACAAAGAUCACUUGAUUCAACAGCAUCAGUCAAUAAUGCCGGAGUUCCAGAGGACCAGCUCAACAGCUAGCCUGCCGAUAUCUAAUGAAGUAGAGAAGAAACAUCAAGAUUUAGGAUCGAUAUAUUAUGGAGUAGCGAACAUUCAUGACACCACGGUAGUAACGCCAAAUACCAAAUUAUCUAGUCAGAGUACUAUACGAAGAAAACCACCUCCAGAUCUUGCCCUCAGUUCUCAAGAGCAAGGAGAGAACACUGAAUCUGCUAAAAGUGAAUACAAAGAGGAUAAAGCCCCAUCAAUUCUACAACCAGAUAGGAAAGCAAGUAGAAUGAAGCGGCUUUCAACUGGAAAAUUUAACAAUUGGGGAAAAAUGGUGAGCUCAUUGUCACGAUCAGCAAGUAUGAAAACAUUUGAAAGGCCUCAGACAGAAGGUCAUAAUUACAGGAAACCAUUGGACACUGAGCCUUUACCUCAAGCUCCCAUCUUUGAGUCCUCAAGCUCAAACCGCACAACUACAUCAACUUCACCUAUUCCCAUAGACAUAAUGCCCUUUUGGAAAUAUCAUAUUCUUCGGUUUGGAAAAGAUUUGUAUCUUACCACCAAUCCGGGAACUAAAUACAUUCACUGUCGUAAUGGUCCCAGCUUUUAUGUCGAGAUUUUGAUGGACCCAGUAAUCAAUCAGGGUAGUAAAAUGAGUGGUGAUGAAUAUACUUUGAUUUUCAAAGAUCCAGUCAACCUUUCACAAGACCCUAGACAAUGUAUGAUGAUUACAAAAAAAUAUGAUAAACUUCAAGGUUAUUUCAAAUUGAAAACACCAAAAAACACGUAUUUAGCUGAUGACGGAACAAUGCAAAAAUACGAAGACAUGACAUUAUUUAAGACUGUGUCGUUUCCACUGCAAAUUGUGCGAAAGCAUUUUCCCUACAAGGCAUUGCGUGAAGAAAAUGCACAAUUUCUUACCAACUAUGAAGUUAGAGAUUUGCAGAACAAGGUGUGGAAUGUUGGAUCGAUACCUAGGGUCAGAGUUAGUCGAAUUAAUAAAAUGAGACAAACUGUCAUGAACGCUAAUAGGUAUACAAACGAACAGAGUGAACAAGAGGAGCUUAAGUUAGUGGCCAAACGAAACAUCUAUUUCCAUCGCAAUUACGCCAAUAACGUACAAGACGAUCAAUCAGAGGCAGCUCUUAAAAACCUCCACGACUCGAAUGCCAAAUUUCCCCCUGUUUUGAGCAUGUUUCGUCCCAAUGAGAACAGAAUCACAAAGAGACUAGUCAAGUCUAUGAAGCAACAACAAAAAAAACGUCAUGCAUCAAGUGUUCAUAUGGCUAUUGAUGAUUUCGAAUCCAGUCAAAAUGAUACCAAAACUUUUUAUAAUGGAAGCGACGGACUAUAUUACCUGCAUGAUACUCGUGACGAUAAUCCUGACGAGAAUAAACUGGGAUGGCUAACUAUAUACGAGGACAUGGACAUUUUCGGAGGUGUGGAGAAUAGGGGUAUGUUUGACAUAGUACUUGGAAUGACAUUGGCUGUUGGGUUUGAUACAUAUUUGAAGAAUCAUAUGGCUAUGAAAAGAUAA